GCUGAGUCGGGGUGCGUUGGAGGCGGCGGAUGGUGCGAGGGCGGCGCUGGAGGGGGCGGAUCGGGAAUACAAUGCGGCGCUGGAUGCGCUGGAGGGUGAGGACUCCCGGGCGCGCCACUUCCGCUUCCGUCGCCAACGUUCCGAACUGAGCUGGUCUUCACUGCACGCCGCCGACCCAGAUCGCCUAGUGGCGGAGUGGCCCAUGGGUCAGUCGCUCCUGGAGGGGCUGCUGCCCAACCUGAUGUACGGCAGCAUUACUAAUGAGGACGAGCAGCAGCUGACGCCGCACCACUUUAGUCAGCUGGUGCCGCUGGCGCAGGCUGCCCUGGACUACGUGUUGUGGCAGGCCAACGCAACCGGCGCCUUACUGGAGCAAUCCAUGGCGGCUCUGCAGUCCGCAUGUGGCGACAUACCCCUCCUCACAACCGCCACACAGGAGAUGCACGCCAACAUCACCUCCCUGCUUCUAGAGGCCCAGGCGGCUGCGGGGUGUGGAGCCACAGGAGGAGGAGGAGGGGCGCUGGUGGGCGGAUCGCUGGGUGUCCCUGCCCUGGGCCCCAGCGGAGCAGCAGGACCGGCAGCAGGG